AUGCUGUCUCAAAUAGUGGGGCUUAAAAAGUUCGCUAAGAAUCAAUUAAUAAACCAUAUUUUAAAUAAUAUCGCUAAACCGUCAUUGAAAGCUUUUAUUUAUGCUUAUCUUUAUUUAGUUUUACCCAAGGCCAUUGGUCAAGUUUUAUCCGCUAUUAGAAAACAUAAAUAUGAUAAGAUUAUACCUAGAAUUAAGAAAACCAUGCUUAGAGCAUUACAUCCAUUAAAAUUCCCGGUAUUUUCAGCUAGUUUGGUUGCUGGCAUAAAUAUCUUAGAACCAAUACUUUUCAACAUCCUAAAAAGAAGUACAAAAUUAAGACGACCAACAUCAAAUGUUUUCAUAAGUACGUUAAUAAGUAGUUUAAUCUCAGCAUUAAUAUUUUUCCCAAGGUAUCAAAAUCAUGUUGUUGGUUAUGGUAGAUAUAAUUCAUUAGAUCUAACAUUAUUAGUAGCUACAAGAGCAAUGGAUACUGCAUUAUCAUCUACAUUAUCUAAAAUAACACCUACAGGAAUUGCUCAAUAUGGAGAUGCUUUGUUAUUUAUUACUAGUUGUGCACCAAUUAUGUUUUGUUGGUUUUUCUAUCCUGAAAAAUUACCACCUUCAUAUUCAAAAUGGAUAACAUCAGCUGCUAAUAUGGAUCCUGAUUUCCUCGAAGUUUUGAAUUUAGUUAGAGAUAAGAAAUUAAUUUAUGGCGAACAUGGCCCUUAUGAAGAUUAUUUAGCUCCAUAUUUUAUAAAAUAUGGUAAAGAUCCACAACGUGGAAAUACUGUAUUAAAUCAACCAAUUGAAUGCGAAGCAGUUCAUGCAUUUGUUUCAAAAAGUUGUGAAGUACAUGCAUUAUGGAGAUUUUGGCGUGGUUUCAAAUUUGCAUUAUCAGUUUAUGGUCCAUUAAACAUUUUGAUGUUAUUAAUACCAAUGAAGAAUAAAAAAAUGAAACAUCGUUUAAUAAGAGCAAUAAAGUCGUCAAUUAGAAGCUCAUGCUUUUUAGGUGUUUUUAUUGGGUUUUAUUGGUAUGCUGUUUGUUUAGCAAGAACAAGAUUAUUACCAAAAUUACUACCAGAUGUUCCACGUACAAGAUUUGAUGAUACAAUUUGUCCAGCUGCAGGUGCAUUAGCUUGUGGAUUUUCAUCAUUUAUAGAAACACCUCAAAGAAGAAAAGAAUUGGCAUUAUUUGUUGCACCAAGAGGUUUAGGAACUUUAAUUAGUUCAGAAAUUAAUCCAAGAAAUAUGAAGAUCGAAAGUUUAGUAUUUUCAAUAAGUUUAGCUGUAUUAGUUGCAUAUUCAAAGUACAAAGCAUCAAAUGUUAGAGGUAUAUUUGGUAAAGGUUUAACACAAGUAUUCAAUAUAAACCCAUUAAAUAAUUAG